GCAUUUCCAGCCAUCGCCACGACUUUCUUAACGUGGAUGUUGUGUGCACUUUUAUGUACUCCCGAUGUCUUCUUGUGCCCCACCUGCUCGUGCUGUGUAUAUAACGACCGACGUGCAAGCGAAAGCAUCAAAGUCCCGGACUCCCGAAUACGGUGUUUCAUUGGCAGAUUUCCCUAACGAACAGCUAGGAUAGCGAUGUCUCCCCCGUCUUCAAAUCCUGCGUCUCAACCCAAGCUUCGCGUCGCUAUCUGCGGCGGCGGUCCCGGCGGUCUCACUCUCGCUGUUGCGCUCUCCAAAUUCAAUAAUCCAACAUCACCUCUUUCGAUAGAUCUAUAUGAAUCGCAACCCGAAGUGGCGACAGUCGGAGCUGGGAUCAGCAUCUGGCCAAGAACGCAGACGAUACUGAGGGGAUUGGACAUUAUGGAUGCGUUAAAGGGCGAGUUCGGGGGCGAGGGUGACACAGGUUUUAAGUUUCGUAAGAGCGAUGAACCAGACGGGGGGUACCAUUUUUAUACUUUUGAACAUCCAGUAAACCCCCUCUUCGUCCACCGCUCUGCCCUUCUCAAACCUCUCGAGCUCGCACUCUCCUCUUCCCCCAUUUGCACAAUCCACACAUCAAAGAAACUUGUCUCUUACUCUUACCUCUCCCUCUCAUCCUCUUCCCACGGAAACACGAAUGGUCCCAUAACGUUACACUUCGCGGACGACACCACGGCAGAAACGGACAUCUUGAUCGGCGCCGAUGGAGUCAGAAGCUCUGUUCGACGAGGCAUGUUCGGGCAUAUUUAUUCGAGGGCUUCGUUAGAGAGUGGGUUGUCGGAGGAAAAUUUGAAGCUGAAAAAGGCCGUGGAACCGAGGUGGAGCGGGACGGUGGCAUAUCGGGCAUUGAUCACGAAGGAUCGGUUUGACUGUCAGCUUAAGAGUACGGAGAAUGAGGGAGGGGAAAAGCGUAUGUGGCGCACAACCCCUGUCAACUAUAGUGGUAAAGAAAAAGUGCAUACAUCCAUUGAAUACUUCUAUUACCUCCAUUUCAUAGUCUACCCCAUCUCACGCGGUACCCUCCUCAACAUUGUCGCCUUCGUCACCGUCCCUUCCGCAUUCUCCGCUCGACAGCCAUACCCUGAUAAAUCAUGGGUCAAAGAUGUGAGUGUGCAGGAGUUGAAGGACGUGUUCGAUGGGUUUGAGGACGAGGUUGGAGAACUGAUUCAGGCUAUCGACAAGGUGUCGAAAUGGGCGAUCCAUAUGCAUGGUGAUAUGCCGCGGUAUGUUAAUGAGCAGGGCAACGUCGCGAUAUUGGGCGACGCGGCUCAUGCGAUGGAGACUCAUCUAGGAGCGGGUGCGGGUCAGGCUAUGGAGGACGCUUACCUCCUCUCCCGCAUCCUUACUCAUCCACUCACGACCAUCUCCACGCUCCCGACCGCGCUCAAAAUCUACGAACACAUCAGACUUCCGUUCGCGAACGAAAUCGUCAAAACGGCGAGGAGACGCUGUCGAUGUCCUAGAUAUUCGUCGAUAGAAAACUGCAGUGUGCUACGCGCCGGCGAGCGAUCGUCCAAAGGGGCACCACUGAGUCACAUCAUUAUGCGCUGCAUUCACGGAAUUGCGGAGGUGGUCCCCGACUAG